AUGAGUGUUGCCCGCCCUAUCAUACAUCAAACCCUUGACCCUUUGCAUCGAAAUUGGGAAUACCCCGAAGUCAUAGACAGCAACACUUUGCUGAUCUCUACUUGUAUGCAACCACUCGUCGAGUUCAUCCCCACAGAGAUCAUCGGCCUUAUCAUUGAUGAAGUGGUUUUAGCAGACAAGAAGCUGGGCGCCUUCAAAACCGUCAAAGCAUGCUCGCUCACCUGUUAUGCAUUUCUUCAACACAGCAGAAGACACAUAUUUUCCGAUAUCUAUGCUGGAGAAACCGAUAAAUUGCUGAAUUUCUGCAACCUUCUCAAGGACUCGCCGUGGAUUGGACAACACGUUCGCUCUCUGUGGAUUGUCCUACCAGGCCGAUCAUACUCCUUCGACCAGAGCUUACUUUCAGUGCAUCAUCAUUUGAAGCAUAUGGAUCAGCUAAAGUCCAUUGUCAUUAAAGGAUACUCAUUGGAAUGGACAGUUGACAUUCCACUAUCACUCCGAUCUACCAUCGUACACCUAAUGCAUCUUCCGAGUGUCGUCGAUAUCCGGUUCAUUAAAAUAAUCGCCAUCUCUCCCUUAGAUCUGGCGCCUUGCAAUCUUCACACUCUUACGAUGACUAGUGCGAACUUUAUGGACAAGUGUAGGCCACUACAAUCUAUUAAGUGUCAUAAACUAUAUCUGGAAGACGUCAUACCCAGCCAGUGGAUCCGCCAUCUACAAAAAAGAAAAUUAUUCAUUGAUCUCAAAGGGCUUUGCAUAUAUCUGAGCAGCUAUAUCCAGCAAUCUCUGUAUUUUCAACUUUUAUCCGACAUACCAUACCUCGAGGAACUUGAUUUGCGAAUAUCAGAUUCUACCUACUCCCUCUUUCCAUCUAUAUUGGCUGUUCCACCUCCUUCACUGAAAUGCCUCAAAAUUCGUAUCCACAAUUCUCAUCUUUCUAUGUUGACAUGCCUAAUUGAUAGGCUCAAAAAGGUGGCCGACACGGCCGGCCAUCUUGUCCAGCAUCUCAGUUUUAACGUGAUGUCACGUUCUUCGUCAAUCUCUCAAGUUCCUUUAAUCCAAGACGUUCUUGCAGACUCCAGCAAAUGGCCAGUAUUGCAACGCAUGUCACUUCGGGUGUAUGUGCGAGAUAUGUGGCCGUCCUAUGAUGCCCCAGAGGCCGGCUGGGAAGACGAUUUGAAACUUCGAUUGCGCAAUUUUCUGGAAAACAGGCAGUCAAAUUUUGGAUUUUUUUACUCGAUUACAGACGCUUGGACUGAACACUACGAUGAAGACGAUAAAAUUGACUGGCAUGAAAUGGUGAGGAACCCCGCAGAUUAG